GGUUUGAAGAUGAAGAAGUCAAUUUUGAUUUAACUAACAGUUUAAAAGAAUUGAAUCGUGAACCAAUAACAGCUAGUAAACAUUUGAUUGAUGGAGAUAUUUUUAUAAAUAGUGGUGAAUCAGAAUUAAGUAGAAUUGUUGCACUAAUAUAUAAUGAUAUUCUGGAGAUUGCUUCAUCAAAGUUGUCAGAAGAGGAACAUUGCAAUAUGUUCAUAUAUCCAAUUGCUUGUUUAUUUUGCAGAAAUGAUAAAGAAUAUAAACUUAAAUUAAAUCAGACUAAUGUAGGAUCAAAGACAAAACCUGAUCUUUUUUGUACAGUAAAUGACAUACUAAUUCUAAACUUUGAGUUUAAACUAUUGGGUUGUACUCUAUUGCAAAAGAAGAUGAACUGA